AGGAGAGAAGAGAGGAAGUAGGAGGCGGAGAAGUGAUACCAGGAGAGAUCUUGCACUGUCGCAGACAAAGCCUCCUGUUGUGUAAUUCACUCGCUGCAAGGAAAUAACUGCCUAUUGGAAUGGUAUUCCAACAGCGAGCACCCUUACUUCCGAGGCAAAAAUCCUUCAUUCCACCACAGAUUCCUAAUCCCUUUGUCCAUGAAAUCAACCUGACUCUCACUGACAAGAUACGAAUGCUUUUAUGUGGUAUCUUCAUUUUACCAUUCCGGGUUGUUCUCUUUGUGAUUUUGUCAGUAAUUGCAUGGUUGGUUGCAAUUAUCACUACUUGCUGUAUUUCGAAGGAAAGCUUGGAGCCACUAAGAGGAUGGAGAAAGAAUGUCACAAAGUGUUUUCUAAGCUACCUUGGACGCCUUAUUUUCUUUUCUAUGGGAUUUCAUGUUCGUGUCAUUGGGAAACCAGCCAGCUUCUCUGAAGCCCCAGUCUUUGUGGUUGCUCCACACUCUUCGUUCUUUGAUGGCAUCGCAGUUAUUACAUCAGGAAUGCCUUCUACCGUAUCCAGAGCAGAGAAUGUUUUAGUACCCAUAUUUGGCAAGAUUCUACGUGCUCUUCAGCCUGUAUUAGUGUCACGGGUAGAUCCUGAUUCUCGGCGGAACACUAUAAAUGAGAUAACGAAACGAACAACAUCAGGAGGAGAAUGGCCACAGAUCUUAAUUUUUCCUGAAGGGACCUGUACGAAUCGUUCCUGUUUAAUCUCAUUUAAGCAAGGUGCAUUUCUCUCUGCUGCCUCGGUUCAACCUGUGAUUCUUCGAUACCCCAACACUCUGGACACAGUAACUUGGACAUGGCAGGGAUACACAGUUGCAAAGCUCCUAUUUAUGACCGUGUGUCAAGUCUGCACCAAUGUGGAAGUAGAGUUUCUCCCUGUUUAUGAUCCUUCGGAAGAUGAGAAGAAAGAUUAUUUUCUUUAUGCAAACAAUGUUCGAAAUAUCAUGGCACAAGCUCUAGGAGUCCCAGUCACUGAUCAUACAUAUGAAGACUGCAGACUAAUGUUAACAGCUAGAGAUCUGACUUUACCCAUGGAGGCCGGUCUUGUGGAGUUCACAAAAAUCAGCAGGAAGUUAAACCUAAAAUGGGAUAACUUUAAGGACCAGUUAGAGGUUUUUGCUUCCAUUGCUGACAUGACAAAAGGAGGAAGAAUUGGACUUGAAGAAUUUGCCAGCCACCUUAAGUUACCAGUGUCUGAUGUUUUGAGGGAGCUGUUUGCAUUGUUUGACAGGAACAAAGAUGGCACCAUAGAUUUCCGAGAAUAUGUCAUUGGCAUAGCUAUACUUUGCCAUCCUGCCAAUUCCGAUGAGACUAUUCAAAUGGCAUUUAAAUUAUUUGAUGUUGAUCGAGACGGCAGUAUAACAGAGGAUGAAUUCAGCUCCUUACUGCGCUCUUCAUUGGGAGUGCCAGACCUUGAUGUAUCAAAACUGUUUCAGGACAUGGAUGCUGAUAAAUCAGGAAAGAUCUCAUACGAAGAGUUUGAGAAGUUUUUGAAGAAGCAUCCAGAAUAUGCCAAGUUGUUUACAACAUACCUUGAACACCAAAAAUAUUAUUUGCAUGUGUUGCAGCAAACUGAAGAAGAAGACAAAUAUAUAGAGCCCUUUGUUGCAAGAAAUCAAGUUGGGAUCAACAGCAAAGAGGAAGCAUGUAAUGAAUCAGACAAGAAAGUGGACUAAACCAAAUAUUUUAGGCGCUCUGCCAUUUUGUUAUAAAAUUAACAUUAAUUCUGCAACUAUUGAUUUACUUGAAUGUAACAACGGAAACAUUGAAUUAACACAUUUGAGGACAAUUGGUGUAUUAUUAUAAAGCCCAUCUGCAUUUAAUACAAUGUGAAUAGUAAUAAAUGAAUUGGAUCAAAACUUGACAUCAUGUAAUUUGAAAUGAAAUGCCUAGAUACAGUCAUUAAGAAGGCAGGUAGAAGUGCAGACAAGUAGAGGGUAUAUCUAAUGCCAGAUUGCAAAAUGAAGACCAAGCAAAUACGUUGUAGCAAAAUGAGCUACAACAUUUCAUUACUCAACCAAAGUAUUUUGCAAAAAUAAAAUCACAUACUAAACUGAUGAUUUAUUUUAAUCCAGUAGAUGAGCUGUUUACAUUGUAUACUGAAGUAGCUGUGCUAAGUAUACUGAAAUGUAGGAUAAGUCAAGAUUAGACGAAAAAGACCUAAGAAAUGGAGGAAGAUUUUGAAAAUCUAGAGAACAGAUUUAUACAGAACAAUUGAAGAGCCAACAUUUUUAAGAAACCAAGAAGUUGGCAAACUCAUAGUCUUAUUCCCUGGCUCCAUAAAAGAUCUUGUCCUAGACUUUAUUUCCUGUCACUAAAGUCCUACAUUUUUCUUGUCAACCCUACUUCAGUCAGUGACAGAGCUUAGGACAUGACUAGUCCCAGUAAAAUAUACAUUCAAAAGGAAACACAGACCUGUUGGUAUUUACUAACAUAGUUGGUCUAAACUGAUCAAAUAAUUCUUACAAAUGUUGCCCAGUCUUCUUUGCUUGUGAUUUGGCAUUAUGAUUUCAACUUACAAUGAGUUUAUUCACUGAAUGUCACAUCAAAUCAUUGAAUCCUUUAAAAAUAUACAAUAUGUGAUAUUCAGUAUGGCCUUUAAAUGUAAUAAGUGAUAUUUUAUUGCUACUGUUACCUAGAUGUAUAUCUAUGUAUCUAUCUGUUACACCAUUUUUUAUAUUUCAUUAAAAUAAACUUUAGAAAUAA